AUGUCAGUCUCAGGACCAUCAUCAUAUGCAUUCUCAAGGACAGUCUUCUUCAAUCCCAACGGGAUUCGAUCGGAAGGCAUACACUGUCCUUCCAAUCUUGAUUACAAGAAAUUUAUUUACAUGUUUAGCACCACCGAAAGAGAGAGUAUCCGUAUUGCCAUUCUCGAUCCCUCAAGUUGGCAUUAUUUUGAUAGUAAUAGGAAUUACCAGAUUGCUCACCUCUUUCCGAACCUGAAAGAAAUCGUAUUUGUUUGCGCCAAGCCCUGGAAUGUGGAUAAAUAUAGCAAGAGGAGAUCCGCUCUUCAAUUCGUGCCUUUGAGAGCUGGAAGAUAUGUGCAGUCCGGACCUUGCAGAAAUUACCUGACUGAAAGAAGAUCUUUAAGAAUCGAAAGAUUGAUACGCAAGCAAAAUGGGAAGCCACUCGAUACUUACGACGACGACGACGACGACGACGAGGAGAGAGAUGAGGAAAAAUUUGGAGUUGGUUUCUUAGGCGACGGGGAUGAGAAAAACGAACAUGACAAUGAAGAUCCAACAGACGAUGCAGGACAAGGCGAGAAUGGCUUCAAGUAUUACUCGCGCUGGGAGGAUAAGAGAAAGGAGUUUGAAGACAUGUUCCAUGCGGCUUUCACAAACAGCGAUGGUUUGUUAUACCAUGAAAGGGAUUCUGAUCCAAGAAUUAGCAUUCCUAAAAUCACAUUCUAUGGUAUCACGGAAUUAAAGGACUAG